UUCGCGAAGGUGGACGUGACGCGGUGAGGAUGAUUGCACGCGCACUUGAGGCGCGGCAGGAGGCGUUCCGGAUUUUGAGAGAGGAAGGAGGAGCCGGCUUGAUCAUUCAUAAACUCGAAAUCGUUUCUUGUUGAUGCGAACUUUUCUCACCUCCUGUCUCCUCUCUCUCAGUCUGGCUGUUCGGUGGCAGUACCGUUCGCAAACAUGCUGGUCAACAUGCCUACCGUUAGUCUUUUGGAUGUGGCACUCUUGUGCCACCCUAUCAUCGCACUCGUGCCCAGUCUUUCCACAAAGUCACAACCUGGAGCCUCGAGGAAACAAUAUCUCGCGCUUUCAUUCUUCGCUCUGCUCGCCUUCCGCUACCACACAGCUUCAACGCCACCAACAACACCACUCCUCAUGAUACCAUCGGACAUGGCCCUCUGCCAGACCCACGACCUACCUAAUCCGAUCGCCCACCUCUACCCAGGCAACGCAACCGGCACACUGAACGGCACCAUCAGCGUCCUACCCAUCCCACUGACUCUCGCCCGCCAACUCAUACCCGCACAGUACACAAUCCUCACAUCUGCGUACCAGUCUCUCCUCCCCUCUUUCCCCCCGGACAUGUACCCCGCUAUCCUGCAAGCCGUGCACGACCACGAAGUGCAAGCCUUUGGCUACAAGAUCCCGGACUUCACACGGACCGGCAUCGAAUUCCCCUUCGUGGACAUGUUCUCGGACGGGACGAGUUUCAAGUGGAACCCGUCGCUGCUGAUGAGCGCGGGCCAUGAGAUCGCGCUCAAGGGUGCGCGGGACUACGGCAUCGACACGCUCGCCGCCGUCUUCGAGCCGGCGUGCGACGCGUACGUGUCUGGAGCGAAGCCCGGCGAGACCGUGUUCUCGGCAACGAGUGAGAGCGGGACGGCGCGCAUCGAGACGGUGUUUGAAGCGUCGAGUGCAACUGCGGAGUGGGCGUAUAGUCUUGAGUUUUUCAAGAACGUGACGAAUCAGCCGAUUUUCGCGGAUGGGAAGACGUGUGAUAACAUGAUAAGGCUGUUCAAUACGUCUGUCACGACGAGUAUCGAGACGGUUGUGGGGAGUGUGAGGGCCAUAAUGCCGCCGUUCAGUGAAGAGAGGGUGUGGAAGGGUGUCGAGGGGAUCAGGUUGGAUUCGGCGUUCAUUGAGAACAACUAUCUGCCGUGUGAGAGUUUUAGGGGAUAUGGGGCGUCGUAAGAGGAACCCUUCGGACUGAGUCUAAGGGGGCCAUGGCCUGCGACCAGUAAAGUACGGAGGACUCGGCGUUCAGAG